CCUAAAAUAAACAAUAAAAAGCUCUCCUCUUCGCAUUUCUCGACCUCAACCGGAAUCUACGCUCUUUUCCCUCUCUCUCUCUCUCUUCCUCUUCCCCCAUCUUGGAUCGGAUCCAAUUCCCAUUCUUUUUUUUCGAUCCGUUUAGAUCGAAGACUCCCUUCUCCGACCUCUGUUCAGACGACGGCAAUCGGAUCCGGAUCCUUUCAGCUACCGCCCGAUCCGGAUCACAAAGAUUAUCCCUGCAUCGGAGGAAGAAAAAUCAUGAAGAAGGUUUUUGGACAAACUGUUAGGGAUCUCAAGAGGGGGGUCAAUAAGAAAGUUCUUAAAGUUUCUGGCAUAGAGCAGAAGAUUCUUGAUGCAACAAGCAAUGAGCCUUGGGGCCCUCAUGGAACAAAUCUAUCAGAGAUUGCACAGGCAACUCAUAAUGGUCAUGAGUACCGGGUAAUCAUGUCAGUAAUCUGGAGAAGGAUCAAUGAUACUGGAAAAAAAUGGCGUCACGUUUUUAAGGCGUUGACAGUUCUGGAGUAUCUAGUAGCACACGGAUCUGAACGAGUAAUUGACGAAAUCAGGGAACAUGCUUACCAGAUAUCGACUCUAGCAGAAUUCCAAUACAUUGAUUCCGGUGGAAGAGACCAGGGAAUUAAUGUUAGAAAGAAAUCUCAGACUCUUGUUGCACUAGUAAAUGAUAAAGAAAGAGUACAGGAGAUCAGACAGAAAGCACAAGCUAAUAAGGCAUAUAAGCAAAGUUCAUAUACGGGUACAGGGGGUUACGGUGAUCAUCAUGAUGAUGAUCGUUAUGGAUAUAGUAUUGAUGAGCGGAAUGGGUAUAGGGAUGACGAGAGAUAUGGCGGGGGUAGGAAUUCUGAUGGAUGGAAUGGCAGAGAUGUCUAUCAAGAUGACAGUUACAGAGGUCAUGGUAAUGAUAAUAAUCAGUAUAAGCCAAGAAGUCGCAGCAUUGAUGGAAGUGAUGAUGAUCGUUUAUCAUCUCGAAGUGGUGGUGACAAAGCUGAUAGGUCUCCAGAUGAAAGAGGGCUCGAGGGCGAUAUUGACAUCCAUAAUGCGGCUGGACCACCGAGUUAUGAAGAAGCAACAAAGAGUCCCCAGGAAACUAUUGAGGAUGAAAGGGAUGGUGAGUCUCCAGCAGCUUCUGCACAGGCAUCAUCUUCACCAUCUGCAACUAAGCCUACAUCUUCAUCCAAAAGUGCUGGUCAAAGUGCUGGAACUGCUGUCGCUGCUGGAACCAUGCUGGCUUCUCAGAGUAAUGUAAUUGGCAUGUUUGAUGAAUUUGAUCCACGUGGUCUUGCCCCAGCUGCACAGCCUCCUACAAGCAGUCAAGAGCUGGACAUCUUUGGAUUUUCAGCAUCAGAUUCUGCAGAUCCGUUAGCGCUGGUACCAGGGAAUUCUGUCAGUUCUCCAUCUGAUACACAAGCAAGUACAGUUUUUGGAACAGACUUCCUAGUCGCCCCCUUAUCAGCUUCCCCUACUUUGAGCCAGGCUUAUGAAGACCCUUUUGGAGAUGCUCCUUUCAAGGCUACACCGCAGGAAAAUAGUCAAGCUCAACCUCAGCACCCCCAUCAUGUCACUUCUUUUCAGCCUUCUGUCUCAGUUGCUGGCACUGAAGGUUCUCCACCAGCACACCAAACAGCAGAUGCAUUUCCUAGCUUUAAUUUUGGAGAUGCAUUGGAUGGCCUUACUUAUGCUCCCGCCGCUGUUACUGGCCGACAUGAUUCUGCCAGUCCUUCCUUUUCGACAAAUGAGUUUCCUGGGGAACAAUCCAGCAACGAUAUUCUUGAUUCCAUCCUACCACGGAAUGGAUCUGAUCCUAUGUUCUCAUCACAGGAUAGCCAACCCGCAGCUCAAACUUAUGUGCAAACAACUCAAAUGAACCCCUUCCAUUCUGCAGGGCUAGCUGAUCCAGUAGUUGCACAUGGAUCGUCACCUAAUGCACAGAUGGAUCAAAUGAACCCCUUUCAGCCUACAGGGGGUUUGGCUCCUGUAGCUGCACAAAGCUCAUCACCACAUCCCCAGAUGGCUGAAAUGAACCCCUUCCAGCCCUUAGCAUUGCCAGCUCCAGCGGCUCCGCAAGAGUCAGCAAGCACACAGGGCUUCUUCCCAACUGCUGGUUCGCAAGCUUCCCUAGAACUAGCAGCCAAUUUGCAGACAACUCAAAUGAAUUCCUCCCAUCAACAAGGUUUAUCAAUGCCGGCAGCUUCUCAAGGAUCAAUCCCUAAUAUGCAUACAUCUCAAAUGAACUUCUUUGAGACAUCAGGACUAUCAGCUUCAGUGGCUCCACAAGAAAGCAUAACCAACAUGCAGACAACUCAAGUGAAUUUCUCCCAGCAUUCAAGUCUACCAGUUCCAGCAGCUUCUCAAGGAUCGCACCCUAAUAUGCAGAAAUCUGAGAUGAACUUCUUCCAGCCAUCAGGGACACCAGCUUCAACUGCUUCACAAGAACCAUUAACCAAUAUGCAGACAGCUCACAUGAGUUUCCCUCAAACAUCAGGGCUCUCAGUUCCAGCUGCCUCUCAAGGAUCACCAACUAAUAUGCAGACAUCUCAGAUGAACUUUAUCCAGCCAUCCGGGCUAUCUCCAUCGGCUUCCCAACAAUCACAAACAAAUAUGCAGACAGGUCACAUGAAUUUCUUCCAACCAUCUGGGUUAUCAGCUUCUGCAGCUUCACAGGGAUUGCACCCAAAUAUGCAAACAAAUCAACUGAAUUUCCUACAGCCAUCAGCGUCAGUGGUUCCAGGGUCUACACAAGGGUCACAGACACAUAUGCCGCCAGCCCAACCAGAUCUCCUUGCACCAUCAGGCUUACCUGUUUCAAUGGCUUCCCAAGGAUCACAAACGAAUAUUCAGUCUACUCAACCAAGUUUCCUCCAGCCAUCAGGGCUAUCAGCUCCCGUAUCUUCAUAUGCAGCUCAAGGUGCAGCAUCUCGUAAUAUACAAGCAGCUCAAACUGGAGCUUCAUCUAAUAUGCAGACAAAUUCCCAGCUUGGUUCUCAGCCAAUGAUGUCAGAUCCUUUCGCUUUGCAAAUGGUUACAUCUUCAGCUGGACCAACAACAAAACCUAAUCCAUCAAAGGGAAAGUUUGAAACCAAAUCAACUGUUUGGGCUGACACAUUGAGCCGAGGUCUAGUCAAUCUGGAUAUAUCUGGACCUAAAACAAAUCCUUUGGAUGAUAUUGGUGUGGAUUUCGAUGCAAUCAAUCGUAAAGAGAAAAGAUUGGGGCCAAAAACCUCAGCACCACCAGUUACAUCUACCAUCAUCAUGGGAAAAGCUAUGGGAUCCGGCUCCGGCAUUGGUCGAUCUGCUGCAACCGGGCUUGCGCCCCCUUCAAACCCCUUGAUGAGCUCUGGCAUGGGCGGCAUGGGUGGAGGUGGAGGCAUGGGUAUGAUGGGCAUGAGAGGCGUCGCUGGCAUGGGCAUGGGUGCCGGUGGCAUGGGCAUGGGCGCCAGUGGCAUGGGCAUGGGUGGCCAUGGCAUGGGUAUGGGCGGGUAUGGUGGAAACAUGAACCAGCCACCCAUGGGUAUGAACAUGGGCAUGGGAAUGGGUCCUGGUGCACCAAUGCAGCCUCCAGGUUCAGGCAUGCCCAUGCCAGGCGGCGGCGGCUACAACCAUAUGAUGGGCAUGGGGGGUUAUGGCUCUCAGAAUCAGCAAACAUAUGGAGGUGGUUAUAGGUGAGAGAUACAGGAUUUGAAGAAAGGUUUCUAUGUUGUGAAGUGAUCCAAGAAUUAUACGCAGGAUUGUACAAUGUUUCUGAUUUUAUACACAAGGUUGCCCUGGAUUAUGGCUCCAUUCUUCUGAGUCUUAUUGAGCUUGUAUAGUUCGGCUUCAUACCGUAACAUUUGUCCUCGGUCGGAGCAGCCUGCCUUGAGGUGUAUUCUGUAUUGUAUCGUAUUGAGGUAGUGUAGUUAUUUCUGACAAAUUACCGGUCACAGGUUUAUUUUUCGAUUUCUUCUCAUAAUCAUUGUUUCUUAAUGUUUAGGAAAUAAGGAUAAUUAUACCUCAAUUUUUUGGAACUUUUGUUGUACAUGAAAGUUAACUAUCGGCUCUUUUGGUUAUUCAAUCAUCUUUCAUGAUUU